AUGGGCAGUUACCAUGUCGGCGAUUACCGGCACAGAGGGCUUCAGACAAACCUCCUCACCAUACAGAGGACCUCUGGUCAACUCCUGCCCAACGUUGAACUGAAACAUGGCGAGGUUUGUCGUGUCGGUAGCAAUCCAGUCAGCGGAAGCGCAGCGUUCGAUGUUUGGGUAGGCGAAUACCUCGGACAAGAGAAAUGCGCUAUCAAAGUUGUCCGAGGUAUCGAGCGCUUCUUGCGAGAAGUGACUAUCUGGAGAAAGGUAUGGGAGAUGGACAAAGGAGAGUAUAUGCUGCCGUUCUGGGGUGCUUGCCUUACCGAUGGACCUUAUCCGUACAUAGUUAGCCCUUGGAUGCCUUAUGGCGAUGCGAUCACGUAUGUCAACAAAUAUCCAUACGUUAAUCGAAAGCGCAUCAUCCGGCGAAUUGCGGAAGGCCUGAGGCUGUUGCACACAUAUAACCCUCCUAUUGCGCAUGGUGAUAUCAAGGGUGCCAAUAUCCUCAUUGAUGAGAAAGGCAACCCUCUCCUCGCUGAUUUCGGUCUUUCAAAGAUGAUGGAAGACUUAACGGAUAUGCCAUUCACGCAGCUCCGGGGUAUGUCAGAGUCAUAUAGAUGGUUUGCACCUGAGCUAUGCUCUGAGGGUGUAUUGAAUCCUGCGUCGGACGUCUUCGCAUACUCGAUGACAGUGCUUGAGUUAAUGACCGGCCAACCGCCGUUCUCGCAUAUCAAACGCAUAUCAGAAGUGAUCAUCAAGAUGCAACAAGGUGAACGCCCGCGUAAGCCCGAGAGUUCAGAAAUUAUCGAGCAUGGGUUGGAUGAUAACCUUUGGAACUUGUUAACGUGGUGCUGGGUUGAAGACCUGGCUGCGCGUCCUUCGAUACAUGAGGUUAUUGCGGAGUUGCCGAGUGAUUAG